AUGGCAGCGUCACAAUCUACUUCAUCUAAUUUAAACCAUGUCUAUUUGAACGGCCGAACCCUGGAAGGAGGCGGACAGCUGGUUCGAAUCGCCAUCGGGUUAUCUGCAUUGACUGGUCGUCCAGUCAGCAUUGAUCAUGUUCGCGGGAACAGAGAGGGAAAAAAGGGGCUUAAGAGGUCUCAUGCUGCAGCCGUGAAGCUGUUAGCCGAGAUCAGCGGCAGCAAAGUAUCCGGAGUCGAGAUUGGCUCCCAGUUCUUGAACUUUUUUCCACAGUCUACUAGAUCGGAAAGCGGUCCGCUGCUUGAUUUGUCGCAAGUGACGGUGAAGUCCGAAUACGACAUCAAGCUCGCGACUGCCGGUGCCAUCUUUCUCGUCUUCCAGGCCCUCUACCCCUAUUUGCUUUAUGUUGGAUCGCAGGCGACUGCCCCAUUUGUGAAAGUGAAUAUAACCGGUGGGACCAACGGUACUCAUUCUCCGUCAUACGACUAUGCAGUGCAAGUUCUCGUGCCCAAUUUCGCCAAACUUGGCCUCCCCCCCUUGCCUAUUACCCUUCAUAAGCGCGGCUGGACAACGGGGCCGGUUGACCUUGGAGCAGUCACUUUUUUCAUACAUACACUCGGAUCUCGGUAUAAUCAAGAUGACAAAAAUCAGCCCAAGGGGUCAUCAAAAAACGAUCAGGCAGCCGAGCCUCAAUGCAGCUUCCCGCGAAUUAAUUUGAUGGAUCACGAACCGGGGAAAGUGACGCGAAUUGAUAUCACAGUGUUAGCACCUGAUCAACCCACCCUAAAUACCGACACAGAAGAGGGCACGGGGAGUACUGUUCGGCAGUUUAUUGAACAACUCACUCAACGCACUCUCCGCCGUGAAACGAGGAAGCUAGAUCAAUCUAUAUUUGCUAAAAGCUCUACUUCACCUCCACCCAAAGAGGACCCUCUCAGCAAAUCAUCAUCCAAACACACGCCAGUUCCUAUCAAGAUCCAUACAUCAGAAGCUACAAAUCACCGCAGCCACGUAUACAUCCUUCUUGUGGCCCAUACCUCUUCAGGAUUCAGAAUAGGCCAUGAUAUUCUCGGCAGCAUGGGAGGCGAUCGCCUAUCUAAGCCAAAGAAUAAAGGGAAACAAAAACAUCAGCCAGCCCGUGACCCUCGACGAGAAUCUCAAAACGAGACAGCAUUCUCUGCGGCUGCCGACCUAGUCCGCCGAUGUGUGGAAGGAUUCAUCAGGGAAAUCUCAAACGAGAGUCCAAAUGCCCAGCCAGACCAGAAACCUGUCUCCAACGCCAAGAGAGCUUGUCUAGAUGAAUAUAUGAGAGAUCAGGUUUUUGUUUUCGAGGCACUUGGAAAGGCCUGUCGUGCAGAUGUGCAUGACACCGAAGCCACCGAAACUGGAACUGUGGAAGACCAACGAGAUUGGACACUCCACACAAAAACCGCACAAUGGGUGUGCCAGCAGAUGUUGGGUGUGUAG